GCAGCCGGAGUGACGCGUGGCCGCCGGCACUCGGAGCUCCUGGGCACACGGCAUUGGCAGGGGCCGCUUCGGCAGAGUGAUGACUGAUGAUGAGUCCGAGAGCGUCCUCUCCGACUCCCAUGAAGGGUCGGAGCUGGAGCUGCCUGUUAUCCAGCUGUGCGGGCUGGUGGAGGAGCUCAGCUAUGUCAACUCUGCUCUGAAAACCGAGACUGAGAUGUUUGAGAAAUAUUACGCUAAACUGGAGCCCAGGGAUCAGCGACCUCCACGAUUAUCAGAAAUUAAAAUAUCAGCAGCAGAUUAUGCACAGUUUCGAGGCAGGCGUAGAUCCAAAUCCCGGACCGGUAUGGACCGUGGGGUAGGCCUGACUGCCGACCAAAAACUUGAGCUGGUACAAAAGGAGGUGGAGGACAUGAAGGAUGACUUACAACACACGAGGGCAAAUGCGGAACGCGACCUGCAGCAUCACGAGGCGAUCAUUGAGGAGGCUGAAAUUCGAUGGAGUGAAGUUUCGAGAGCAGUGCAUGAGUUUGAAAAAGAUAUUCUAAAAGCCAUAUCCAAGAAGAAAGGGAGUAUUUUGGCCACUCAGAAAGUAAUGAAAUACAUUGAGGACAUGAACCGCCGGAGGGAUAAUAUGAAGGAGAAAUUACGUUUGAAAAAUGUUUCUCUCAAAGUUCAGAGGAAAAAAAUGCUUUUACAAUUGAGGCAAAAGGAAGAGGUGGGUGAGGCCCUUCAUGAUGUUGAUUUUCAGCAGUUGAAGAUAGAGAACGCUCAAUUUCUCGAGACAAUUGAGGCAAGGAAUCAAGAACUGACCCAGCUAAAGCUGUCAUCUGGAAACACUCUGCAGGUUCUCAAUGCCUACAAAAGCAAGCUUCACAAGGCAAUGGAAAUAUACAUCAAUCUGGACAAGGAGAUCUUGCUGAGAAAAGAACUACUUGAAAAAAUUGAAAAAGAAACACUACAAGUAGAGGAGGACCGGGCCAAAGCCGAGGCAGUGAACAAGAGGCUCCGGAAGCAGCUGGCCGAGUUCCGGGCGCCACAGGUGAUGACUUACGUCCGGGAGAAGAUCUUAAAUGGGGACCUGGAGAAGAGCAUCAGGAUGUGGGAAAGGAAAGUGGAGAUAGCAGAGGAAGCCACCAGAACAGAGAUGAAGACCAGUGGGAAAAGAAAGGAGCAACUCCGCGGGCAGGGCAGCGAGGAGGCCGUGCUGCAAAGCUGCCAUGAUUCCCUGGUGAUCUCUCAGCAGGCCAAGGCCAGACAUGUGAGGAAGGCCUUGAGGACUUCAUUCUGUGCCUCUCCUUGGAUGGAAGGGGGUGCUUUAGUGUGGCACUCUUGACUUUUCAAUUAACUGGUGAACAGGCCCUUGUGUGCACGUCACUAUGUCUGCCUAGGUCAUGGGGGCUCCCUGGCCAAGAAUGACGUGGUUCCCCCUUUCAUCAGUCCCAUUCACAGUUUGUCUUAACUGUAGUGGUAUAGCCAGAGCAAGAAAAAGAAUGUGAUUUAGGACAAAUGAUUGGAUGAGUGAUUGGUAGAUGUCCUCAGCUAUGGCGUGGUUUUGCAGGUCACUGUUCCACACACCUGGGCACAGCAUAUACGCUUUUUCUCUUCCCCAUAAUCCUGUAGGGGCUGCGACUUCUGAAGCACAAGAGGCAGAGGCGAACAGCUCCAGGUGCCCCUCUGGAGCUACCCUACCUCAUCUCCCAAGGGAGCGGCCACAGCCCAGAGUGGGGUCUUUCAUUGUGUGAUCUCUUCCCUUGACAUUCAGCAACAGCCCUAACAUUGGUAGAAUAAAGGCAGGAUGGGUGAGUGCAGAGUGAUUCUGCUUUUGUUGGGUUUCAGGGAAACCCAUAGGCAGAUUCUGAACCUGGUGGUUGAUUCUACAUGUGGGAAUUGUGGCUUUGAAGACCUCUGGACAUGAGAACAUAUUUCCAAGACAGAGGAUUCUACGGGGACAGGUCACCAUUAAAUGGUGUGCAAGCAUAAUUCUGUUCAAAAAUGAAGGCCUGUUUAGAGGUGUGUCACAGUUAAAAACCAACCUGAACUUUGCAGUUAGAUUUUAAAAGAUGGUCACUUAGAGUAGAAAUAGCUUAGAAUAUUCCAUUGCGUCUAAGAUACAGUUAGAAAUCAACAUCUUUGAAAUUAGGGUGUGUCUUUUAAUCAGUUGACGUCAGAGUUUAACUGGCAGCAUUUUUUUCUUUCUUGGGAUUACAAAAAAUGGUGGUGCAUUCUAUAAUUGGCAGCAUCUUAGAUCUGAGGAAGUAUGAUACUUGUUUGAUGGAAUGGUUAAGGGCAGAAUUUUGUUAAAAAGCUAUAUCUACACUGUAUUUUAACACAUUAUCUAAUUUAAGAAAUUGUUAAGAUCCCCCACCUGGCAGAGGACCCAGUACAAAGUAGGCACUCAAUAGAUGUUACACGAACUUUGGAAGGGCAAACAUAUUUCUUAAUGAGAGGCAGUCCUUCGUGUUUUGCAAUAAAAUGCCUUUU